AGUUGAAAACAUGGCCGAUCAGGCGAAGGGUAGUCUGCUAACAAAGUCUUUGAAAAAAUGGUCCAGAACGAAAACCAAGGUUUUACAAAAUCUUGGGAAAGCAGAAAAAACAUUUGAUGAGAGAAUUGAUGAACAUGCCCAUAAAUUGGAGAGACAACAGGAAGUCGCAGCCAAACUACAUAAGGAGCUUAAAGGAUACAUCCAUUGUGCCAAAGCCAUGCAGGCAGCCUCUAAGAAUCUGUACCAGGUUUUACAGGAAACGUAUGAGGAAGAAUGGGAGGAGUAUGAAAAUGUAAAAGCCCAGCUCAAUUCUCUGGAAUUGAUGUGGCACAACUACACCCAGAGUUUACAUGACAGUGUGAAUGAACCAUUGAACAACUACAUGAGCCAUUUCCCAACUCUCCGACAAAGAAUCUCAAAAAGAGGAAGGAAGUUGACAGACUUUGACAAUGCAAAACACAAUCUUGAUGUGCUGGAAAAUGCAAAGAAAAAAGAUGAGACAAAAAUCAAAAAGGCCCAUGAGGAGUUGGAAGAAGCGAAGAAAAUAUAUCAACAAAUAAAUGAUGAAUUAAACAGUGAUCUUCCUAUGUUCCAUGAAAGUCGUGUAAAUUUCUAUGCUUCCACAUUCCAAUCUUUGUUUAAUGCAGAAGAAAUAUUUCAUGGAGAGGUCACAAAAAUAAGUAGUGAAAUAAACAACAUUGCAGAGAAACUUGCCAGGAACAGUGAACAACUAAAAUUCCAGCCCCGCCCCCUCAGUUUUCAAGUGGCAGCAGAAGUGAAUGGUCAUCCAGAAGUAAAUGGAGAAAAUGGUCGAAAUUCAAAUCCAGCUGAAUCCUCAUCAAAAUCAGAACCUGUGAAGGAAGCUGAACCAUCUACGUCUGAUCAUGCAAUUUAUGAAAAUAGUGAAUUAGAAAAAGAUGUUCUAGAAAAAGGCUCCAGGGUUGAGAACAAAGACGAAACAGAAACUGGCAAAGCAGAGGAGACAACGCAAGCAACAUUACCCAAUCAGGCAACUGAGAACAAAGUUAAUGGAGACCUGGAUGAAACCACCUCACAGAAUUCUGAAGACUCUGCCCCCUCUUACCCCCCUCCUGUCCCUCCCCCUGAGGAGGCUGCCCAAGAACCUGUAACACCACAGAAGCAGGAAACACCCUCCCCGGCAGUAUCUCCAUCCUACGAGACACCUCCCAGUAAAAUGCCUGAGGCAAAAGAGGAGAUAACUGAGGAGGGGAAGGAGGAGCAUGAGGACAGUAACCUGUAUGAGGUGCCUACUUCAAACAAACCGGUGGAGCUACCAGAAGGUGUUCUGUAUCAGGUGCAGGCUACUCAUCCUUACACAAAUGAGGACGAAGAUGAAUUGUCAUUUGAGGCAGGGGAGAUUAUAUACGUUAUUCCAUUUGAGAACCCUGAUGAUCAGGAUGAAGGUUGGGUGAUGGGACAGAAAAAGUCAGAUGGAUCUAAAGGAGUCUUUCCUUUAAAUUUCUCCAAGAAGCUUUAGCCAUGCCAUUGAUGGAAAUUCCGGUCAUUAUUUCAGCAUUCCAGUGGAACAAAGUCAAAGGAUCUGGUCAGAGGUGAUGAUUAUUGGCUCUGUUUAUUGACUUUUGAAAUGUUGAUCUUAAUGGAAAACAGCAUCAGAUUACUAUAACAUUGUCCAUGCUUUGUGAAAGUGUUAUUUUAAAAUGGCACAGAGUAUUUUUUCAACAAAAUCCCUGCUACAUUCAUGGUAUUUUAUUUUUAUAUUUGAAUAAGUGCUUCAAUAUUUUCCUAUUAGUACAUGUAGUUGUAGACUAGUAACCUUAUGAGAUUAUGUCUAAGGACAUACCUGUACAUUAUAAAUUUCUUUGAGUGUUUAAAGGGAAAAGACAAAUGUAGAUUUUUAAUUUUCAAAAGUUUAAAAAUAAAAAUUUAUUAUUCUGGGGAAUUUUUAAAAGUUUAAUUGAGAUUGUGUAUACCUGGUAUAACUAUAUUUAUAAUAUUCCUUCUUGAUAAAAUUGAAGUUCAACAUACCGCUAGCCUGUAAAUUCAAGAUAUACAUUAUAGUUAGACAGGUUUAAAAAACAAAAAAAGUUGUCUCAGCUACUAGUACUAGAACAAUUUUUUAAGUAGAUUUUG